AUGGGGUAUGACAGUGAGGGUGACACAGGCCCUCAGAUCAUUUGCGCUACGAUGACCGGCAUUGUUAUAUCACAAUCCAUGGCGAAAGCGGGGAUCGUGAUCCGAAGUGGUCUAGAAUUACGCCUAUUUUCUUAUGUAUAUGUCGCUUCGGCAUCAAAGAAGACAUACCGAGUCGCCGAAAUAUCACCCAACACAUCAUCGGCCCUUGGCAGUCUUUGGCUUACCCAAUGUCUUCUGCAGCCCGGUGACAACCAUUAUAAGCUACACGAGCUCCCUGCAGUCCGGGAAUAUAUUUAUCUCGGGGCGGGGGCCGGGGCGGGAAAGGGAGGCAAGUGGACAUAUUCUCCUUUCUUCUCCCGUAUACUCCGUAUUCUAUACCAAGUUGAGUUAUUGGUGCUCUCUCUCCCGUGUUGCCAAUUUAAGAGCAACAAGAGAUCAGACCAACAGGAUGUAUUAUACAUAGUACAGAACUCUGGCCGACUACCCGGCUGGGCAUGCAGCAAGGGGAUAUCAGGAGGACAUGUAGAACAGGAGCUUGACGGUUUGAAGCUAGCAGCCCGCCACUUGGGCGGCUUCGCGAGUUGCGGUGGAAUUAAUUGUUGGAUGUUUCCUCAUGCACGCCCUUCAAUUGACGGCUCUGUGUCGAACCGGAGAAUAGAUGGGAGCUCCACUGCCGUGCACAUCGACGGCGAGCGGUGCCGGUGGCUUCGAAGAGAAAAAAAAAACUCUGCUGGUGGAGAUGGGCAAGCAUGA